UCUUCGCCGUCCAUGGGUAUCUACUAAAGCUGUCUGCUACUCUCCUUGCGCCUCAAGUCGAGAUAUCACUGGAUUCUUUGGAUCAGCAAUGGCCGGCUCGCCAAACGCGCCUGGCGACGCGGAUCUCCAGGUUCUGUACGACGCGGUAUGGAAGGCGUAUGUCGAAGACCCGCAGGAGAGCUCGUCCGCGAGCAUCAAUGGGGAAGUAAGGGCUGCCUCGGUCUCCAGCAUCAACCACUCCAUCAACGGUGAACAGCGGGAACCUACCGCAUCGCCCUCACAGUCGCACGCAAGUGGCGGACGCAGUCGGAGACCUCUCCCUCCAACGCCUGGCUCUUCCUCAAGCGGUCCGCCUCCGAAGCCGCCUAUCAUGAAUUUCGAUAACGGGUCCAAAGCAAGCCACGAAUCGGCACCUCUACCCUACAUGAACGGGCGCGCAUCCCCCCGCUCAACGCUCACGCGCGGCCCCUCUGCUACUUCCAAUCAGUCGAUGCUGGCGAGCUCCCCUCUGGCCAAUACUCCAUCACCCUCGACGCUAUACGAUGUACCGGACGAACCUUCACCAUCGUACAUUGAUUCUAUAAGCGCUCCCCCUCCUCCCCCUGCUGUUGUUGCAGCAUACAAUCCCAUGCUAGAUUUGGCUCCGGGCGUAUCGGCGGAGACAAAUGAUGCAUACGCCCAGCUGGUCGCCACACCUGACAGUGUGCCUGCGAAUCUGCACACCCCUACUGCUGCCUACACGGGCGCUCCCGAUUAUGCUCACGAUAGUCAGCCAAUCGCAGGACCCAGUAACAUUCAGCGCGGGAACUCAACAACUUCCUACGGCACUCAGUCUCAAUACCAAUCUGACUACGCCGGUCCAUCCUCUGUCCCUGCUCCGUAUAGGCACGCAACCGUCGACCUCAACGAUAUCGCACAGUUUGACGGUGGCGUCAACGAGGAAGAGCUAUUCGAAGAAGACCUUGAGGACGAAGACGACAUCAGCUUGUUCGUCAACUUGUCUCUGCUUUCUCACUUGGCUAUGCGCCUGCGCGACAAGGUGCCGCGAGGCACGCACGUCAAGGGCAGCAUACCAUACCCGCGAGCAUUCACGGGCAAAGACAUUGUGUCAGCGAUUCAGUCGUCCAUUCAGCGGGAAUUGGCGAUUAACCAUGGCGUAUCGACAAGCGAUAGACGAAUAGCCUUGCAGGUCGCGCGCAGCCUCCAGAACCAGCUCUUCUUUUACGAGGUCGAGUGGGGAGGGCGCGAGUUGCAGGAUGGAGUGGAGGAUGUGUACAUGUUUCUCGACGAUGCCGAAGGUCCUUCGAGUGGUGGCCUUGAGCGCGCAGAGCUCCCGACAGGCGUCGUCACGAUGCUCACAAAGUGCUACUCACCGAGUUGCGGGGAAGAUACCCCUUGCUAUUGCUAUUCCUGUCCUCGGAAAGGGGCAGCCUUCACUGGUAUCGUGCCAGAGUCGACUACAAUGAGCACUGCAUCAUCAGAAUGGCCCAAUACGGUCGCGCCGGAGGUCCUUGCAUCAUUACCCGACAGCGAGAUCAACAGGCAGACCAUCAUCCACAAGCUGAUCAGCAAAGAAGAGCAAUAUGUUCACGACCUCGACACCGUCGACCGCGUCUUCAUCCGCCCUCUUCGCAAUGCCAACCCACCCGUUAUCCCCAAGCACGAAGUCGACGACUUCAUUGACGAUGUCUUCGGCAAUAUUCUCGACCUUCGAGAAUGCAACAGGCGCCUGCUCGAAGUCAUGUACGUCCGACAACGCGAGCAGGCCCCAGUGGUGCAGCGUAUAGGAGACAUCUUCCUUGAUGCAGCAACGGAGUUUCGACUGGCGUAUCCUAUAUAUGCCGGUCAUCAUCCGAUGGCAGAGAAGCGACUGAAGGAGGAGCUUGAGCAGAACGGCGCCUUCCGUCUGUGGAUAGAGGACCGUGAGCGACAAAUAGGGCGGGACAUCGAUGGUCCCAGGCUUGACCUCAAGCAUCUCCUCAACCGACCUGUCGAGCACUUGCAGAAGUAUCCUGUCCUCCUCGAGGCUAUCUGUCGGGAAACCGCGGAUGGGAACCCUGACGGCGAGUUCCUGAUGGAAUCCGUCAAGGCAAUUCGAAAACUGCAAGCCGUGGCGCAAUUGCGGUCCUUCCAGCUUGCCAUGGGCCGCGGCGUGACGGGCAAGUGGGAGUGGCAUGAUCUGGUGACGACCGAGUAUCGGAAGUCAUUGACGAAGGACGAAGCCAAGCGACAAGCCAUUAUCUUUGAGCUCAUAAAGGGCGAGAUGGCAUAUGUGCGCGACCUGGAGAACAUCGAGCACAUGUACAUCCGCCCCCUUCGCGAGGCCGACCCACCAAUCAUCCCCCCAGAGCGUCUGAACCAGUUCAUCCAGGAUGUCUUUCACAACUACUCGGAGCUCCUGUACCACCAUCGUCGACUCAUGGAGCAUAUGCACGAGGUGCAGCGCGACGAGCAUCCUCGCAUUCGCAGCAUCACUGCAUGCGUCUUCGACGCGGUGCUCAACUUCCGGGAAGCGUACAUUGAGUAUAUUCCCAACUAUCCCAUUGCGGCGUACCGCAUCGACGACGAGAUGGCAAACAACCACAACUUCAAGGCUUUCGUGGAGGCAAGCAUACGGCACCCUGAGUCGCACAGGUUGGACAUGAAGAACUUCAUCAACCGGCCGAUUCCUCGUUUGCUCCGCUACGAGCUUCUGCUGAAGAACAUCCUGGACGAGACUCCGCCCGGGCAUCCCGACAGAAACGACAUUCCUCAGGUCCUCGAACUCAUAAAGGCUUUGGGGAAGGAGACCGAGCCGGGUGUUAUGUCGGCAAAGCAGAAGGUCGAGCUCUGGCGGUAUGCAAACAACCUGGUAUUCAAGCCCGGUGAAGCAGUGGAUAUGGAUCUAAAGGAUGAUAACCGGUCGCUCAUCCAUUGCGGCAAACUUCUUCGCCAGCCAGAUAGUAGUAUACCGGGAAACAACUGGACAGAGUUGUUUGUCCUCGUCUUCGACAACUACAUGGUCAUGACCAGGCCGAAGGAGUCUAAGGAGAAAGAGGGAAUGACAAAGUAUCACGUCAACCGCAGGCCCAUCCCCCUCGACCUAAUGACCCUCGUCAACUUCACCGAUCCCCCCACUCAACGCAGCACCGGCCUCCUCCGCAACCUCCGCGGCGGCGGUGGCACCCACGCCACCGACCCCGCCGUCGUCCCAAGCGCGCACCGCGGCUCCGACGCCACCGACUCCCGCUCCGUCUUCCCCUUCACCAUCCACUACAAUGGUCGCCUCGGCGGUACGCUCAUCCUUUACGCCGAGUCGCAGCAGGCGCGCCAGGAGUGGAGGCAGGUGCUGGAGGAGGCGCUCGGCUUGAGGGCGGUGGUGCAGGAGUCGAACAAGGUGUUCGAGAUUGAGACGUUGAGCACGGAUACGUUUUUGGUCCCCUCGUUGAUCUCGUCGGCAUCACCGGCGUGGAAUCAUGAGGCGUCAUUGACGGGGAAGGUGACCUGUUCGGUGCCGUUCAACACCCUUGAUAAUCGCGCGCUAGUCGCAAUCGGCUGUGAGGAGGGCGUGUGGAUCGGUUAUCGGCAUGAUUCCAAGUCCAUGCGACGUGUACUUCACUUAAAGAUGGUCUCGCAGAUGGCGAUGCUGGAAGACUUCGGACUGUUCCUGGUUUGCGCUGAUAGGUCGCUAUUCGCAUACCACAUCGAGGCAUUGGUGCCCUCCUCUCCCCACAGCUCCAACGCCUCGCAAACACCCCAGAAGCUCAACGGCAGCCGCGAAGUCUCCUUCUUCAGCGUCGGCAUGCUCCACAACCGCACUCUCGUCGUCUACGUCAAGCGCAAAGGCGUGAACAGCAGCAACUUCUACAUCCUCGAGCCCGUCAUCGAGCGCAUCAACGAGAAGGCGAAGACCGCGGCGCCGACGAACUUUGGCAACCUCCUGGGUCGCAAGACGCAGAAGAUGGACUGGUUCCGGUCCUAUCGCGACUUCUCGAUCCCCGCGGAGGCGUACGAUCUUAUAUUCCUGAAAGCGAGGAUUGCGAUCUUGUGCUCGAAGGGCUUUGAGAUUAUGGAUAUCAUCAAUGACUUGAGCAGCGUGUCUAUCCCUGCUCGUGAUGACAUGCGGUUGGCGAACCUGACCAGGCGACUCGACUCGUGCAAACCGAUGGGCAUGUUCCGCUGCACGGACGACGAGUUCUUGCUUUGCUAUGACGAGUUCGGCAUCCACGUCAACAAGCACGGCCAACCAAGCCGCACAAGCAAUUCCAUCGAGUGGGAGGGAACCGCCGAGCGCGUGGCCUUCCAUCCACCGUACAUCCUGCUCUUCGACACGCGCUUCAUCGAGAUACGCCACGUUCAGACCGGCCUUCUCGCGCAGGUCAUCCCAGGGAACGACAUGCACUGUAUCUGGGACGGGCGAGGGCUCAACGCGAGCCACUACCCCAUGCCCGUCGACGGGACCGACAACAUGGUGCAGGAGGCGCGCGUCCACGGUGUCAUGAAAGCGCCGGAACCUCCCUCCUCCCAAGGCGGUUUCCGAUCAAGCAGGCCUGUCGCCCAGCAUGUGUUCGAGCUGAUACCUACCAUCCCACUAUACCUACCCGGCUCGCUGGCGUCGCCGAGCACACCCGUUUACUAUCCACAGUCCUUCUCUCCACCUCGUUCGCCUCCACUCCAACCAUACAGGGGGUGAUUGGGGUGCACUACAUAUUGGCUUUGCUCUGCUGGUUCGAGGGGUAUUUACCUAUUAUUAUUACUUGCAUUCUGUACGCACUCUUCUCUGUAGCAACAUUGCUUUGCAUUGCUUUCCUAUUGACAGUCACCUCGGUGCGAGCUGGCGGAC